AUGCCGCAUGAAAUCUAUUCCUAUUCAUUGUCGGAUCUCGAUGAUCUCGAGAACGAACUCCAAUUUUCUAAGUUCAACUCUUCUAUUGCUUGGGAAUUGGGUGUUUUAGCACGCGAAACAUGUCAAAAGGAAUAUCCUCAAAAGCCAAUAGUCAUUGAUAUUACAUUGGUUAGUGGCCAAACAUUGUUCCAUACUGCAGUUGCUUCCGGGGCACAGUUUGAUAAUGAUGAGUGGAUUCGCAGAAAGUACAAGACUACCUUUAGGUUUGGAAAGUCAAGUUUCUACAUGGGCCAGAAGUUGCGCGGAAAACAAGGCAAAUCAAUGGAGGAGGCUUACUAUGUUUCAUCUAAAGAGUACGCUUUCCACGGAGGAAGUGUGCCGUUGAAGUUGGUAGGAUUCGAUAACUUAUUGGGUGCGCUCACAAUCAGCGGUUUGGCUCAAGAGGAAGAUCAUUUGAUGGCAGUGAAGAUCUUGAAAUUGUACACAUCGAGACAAAAGUAG